CAUGGUGUUUGUGAUGGCUCUUCCUGUGACCAUCUUCUAUGAGCGUAACGGCUGGCCUAUUAUGGGUGUCGGAGCCUGCAAGUGUGCAAGGGGAGCAUACAGCAUCAAACUGCACUGCAGUGCACUGCUGCUGGCCUGCUUCAGUGGAGACCAACAUGCGGCCAUCGUAAAGGCCAAGGGCAGCAGCUCCAUGGAGAGCUUCAUGCCCUUGGACGGGGACAGGGACAAAGACAAGGCACAGCCCAUUGAUACCUCCAUACUACAGGGCAGGGCCGGCAGCUCCAUGCCACAGGGCAGGGACAUUUCCAUGGCACAGCUCAGGGAGAGAUCCUGGGCGUACCGCCUGCUUGUCUCCCUCGCCAUCUGGGCACUGGCUGUCGUCCUGUCCGUGCCGACAUUCAUUUACACCACACUUCACCAGAGCUCUGUGGACCGGAGCUACUACUCUGUGGACCACGACUUGAACCAGAGCUAUGUGGAUGAUGACUUGAACCAGAGCUAUGUGGAUGAUGACUUGGACCAGAGCAUUGCAGAGCAUGAUGACUUGACAGUGUCAGCUGAGUGUGCGUUCAACUUAAUCGUCGGAGAUUUCACCAGCAUGGUGAUCCUGGUCCCCGUGCAGAUCUCCUUGGGGUUCUUCCUGCCGCUGCUGGUCGCCGGUUUCUCCUGUGUGCGUGUCACGGUCACAUUGCUCCGCACCAAGACCUUCUGCCAGCACGAGGCCACAUGCAUGGUGCUAACUGUGGUCUUCGCCAUGUGUCACCUGCCCUACAACGCAGUGCUGCUCUACCACGUAACCAACUGGAAGAUGCAGAUGUCCUGCAAGGUGGUGGUGACGUUGUUAACGGUGACGGAGGUGACGCGCAGUGUGGCCUACGUACACGGCUGCCUCUACCCCUUCCUCUACGCACUCACCAUAUGGGUGUUCAGACGCCGUGUACAGCGGAGAGCAAACACCGACUGGAGAUCCACUUGAAGACAGGCGUUUGACUACGUCAUCCCAGCACAGACCCAGUCACUAGAGCCAGAGGUGCCAGAUGAAAACCCAUCAUCUUCUACUACUACGUGUUAGGCAGAUGAGAACAUAUUUCACUGUUAGGUAUUACUGUACACCAUCUUCCAUUGUUAGUGCUACUCUAUGUUAGGCUUGGGGGCAACCACCAUUUUGACAUUGGCCACUCCGACAUAGGCUUCCGCCAUUUUGACAUACUGCCACUCCGAUAUCCCACCAUUCUGACACUUUGAUAACACCAUUUCGACAGUUUUUUUUA